CGCGAUGCUUGGACAGUGUUUUCUGAGCCUCUUGACGAUAGUCGCAGUGGCGGUCGCUGUGCCCUACAAGAACGUUGUCUACUUUAUGGAGUGGGGCAGUGUCGUCCAGAGCGCGCCGAUCUUUAGCCUCGACUGGUCGCGCAUCACGCACAUCAACUACGCGUUUGGCAAGCUCCAGCCCGACGGAAGCAUUGCCUUCAACGACACAAACGUCGCGUUCAACCUGCGCUAUCCCGGGGACGGCAACGAUCCAAGCAGCGUGUACGGGCAGUUUGGUCAAGCCAACCAGCUCAAGAAGAAGUUUCGCGGCACCAAGUUUGGUCUCUCGAUCGGCGGCUGGACGUGGAGCGACCAGUUCAGCGGCCUCUUCAGCACGGACGCUGGCCGCAAGACAUUUGUGCGCAACGCCAUGACGCUCUUGACGGACCUCGGCCUCGACUUUAUCGACAUCGACUGGGAGUACCCGGUGGAAGGUGGAAACGACGCGCCGCCUGUGCCGCACCGCCCGGACGAUAUGGCCAACUACAUUGCCGUGCUCAAGGAAUUCCGCAAAGCUUUCGCGUCACUGCCGUUCAAGGCGGAGCUCAGCGUCGCGUCGCCCGCGGGCCCGGCCAACUAUGGCCACUGGGACUUCGCGGGUAUUUGCGCGCAGCUCGACCAUAUCAACAUUAUGGCGUACGACUUGGCUGGCGACUGGAGCGAAUAUACGGACCACCAAGCCAACUUGUACGCAGAUCCCAAGCACCCGAACGAUGGCACGUCGUUCAGCAUUGACCGCGCGGUCCAAGACUACAUUCGCGGGGGGUGUCCGAGCACCAAGAUCGUCCUCGGCAUUCCAGUCUACGGCCGGUCGUUUGAAAACACAAAGGGCCUCUACGCCACGUUUACGAAGCCCACCAAUGGAUCGUGGGUCGCUCCGUCCGGCGACGGGCUCGGGACGUGGGACUACAAGGUGCUCCCGCUGCCAGGCGCGACCGAGUACUACGACGCCGUCGUGGGUGCUGCCUACAGCUACGAUGCAACAACCAAGAUGUUUGUAUCGUACGAGUCGCCAACGAGCAUGGCGGCCAAAUUGCAGUACAUCAAGAAGAAUAACCUCGGCGGUACCAUGUUCUGGGCUGGCGACGCCGAUGCGCCGGCCACGUCGGCCCGAUCGCUCAUCACACAAGCCUACAACUUUUAUGGCAGAAACAAUAUGGCGCUCUAUGCCAACAACCUUGAGUACCCGACGUCAAAGUACAGCAACGUGCGAGGCAAUGGCACGCUCGCUCCAACGGCGGUACCGAGCCCAACGCCGUCAACUGUCCUACCAACACCGGCACCGACAACUGCCCCGACAACUGCCCCGACAUCGGCGCCAGCUUUUGUGUGCGGCACAAACCACAAUGUGUGCUUUUGGCCGCUGACACAGCAAGUGCUACCCUACGGCAAGGACGACUGCGUCAAGUUUACUGCGUUUGUCUGGUGCGCUUAGGACGCACUGUCGCUUUGAGUGCAUGACCAAGUACUGUGACGUUGCAACAUCUUUCUGUAAAGCCUAAACAUGCGAUUUGGCUGUGGUUUUG